UUGCCCUCCAGAAACCAGGAAGGGAAUUGAGUUGAUCUGCUGCUGCUUGGUUUAGCGCAUACGGGGCUUUAAGCUGCACAACAGUGAGAGGGGGACGGAGAGAGAGAGAGAGCGCAAGUGAGCUCCGGAGAGGAGAGGGGCUGAGCUAACCCACAACAAGCACCACCACGGCCAUCGCAGACAGGCAGACGGACAGACGGCAGGACGGAUACACGGGUGGGGGUUGUGCUCGGCGGCUCGGCGGCGGGUUGGUGGAAGAUGUCGUCAGGAGCCGGUGGGAGAGGCGGAAGGCGGCUCAGAGGGACAGCAAGCAGUGCGAGUGACGGAGGGAGAGGAGGGCCCGGAGAGGCAGAGGAAGGUCCCGUGGGGAUCCCCUUCCCCGAGCACAGUGCGGACAUCCUGGGCAGCCUGAACAAGCAGCGGCUCAGCGGCCUGCUGUGUGACGUCCUGCUGGUCACUCAGGACCGGGAGUUUCCAGCUCACCGGUCCGUUCUGGCCUCCUGCAGCUCCUACUUCCAUAAGCUCUUCACCUCGGGGGCAGCCGCCGACCAACAGAACGUCUACACCAUCGACUUCGUAGCAGCAGAGGCUCUGGGAGCGCUGCUGGACUUUGCCUACACGGCCACUCUGACCGUCAGCCACAGCAGUGUGGCCGACAUCCUCGCCGCCGCACAACUCCUGGAAAUCUCACCGGUCCAGGACGUCUGCACACACCUGCUGGACACCAAAGUGCUCUCCCCGCCGGCGGGCAGUGAGCGAAGAGAUGACGAUGAAGGAGAAGGUAAAGGCAGAGGAGGCAGGGAGCAGGGAAAUCGGAUGCGGGCGCGGGAGUACCUGGAGUACUUCCAGAGGGGGGCGCACUGGAGCAGCAGCUGCAGCACGCCAGAGCUCAGGGACCUCCCCACACACCUGCACUUUAACAAUGGCAACAGCGGGCCCGCCAGCAACGGGGUCCCUGGUGCUCCCAGUGAGUACUACUCCCCUCUGGCCCUCGCCUUGGCUCAGGCCCCCAUGCGAGAGCCAGAAGAAGAAGAUGAGGACGAUGAGGAGGAAGAGGAGCCAGUACAUGGAAACGGAGGACGUUAUGGGUUAUCGUACUACUCUGCAUCCCAAAAUGGGCACUUUUAUGUCCCUGCUGAGUCCAGGCAGGGGCUGGAGAAUAAAACGGAGGAGAGCAAAAGAUCGGUUUCGACAAGGGAGAGGGGGUCAGCCAGUGCCCUCUUGCAGCAGAUGAUGAACUCCUUAGAGAGACAGAAGGAGCACACAACGGCAGGGGAGGAGCACAGGGAUGGAGACGAUCCCGACGUGGAAUUUUACUUGAAUUAUUUUAACAGCACGCAGCAGGAGGAUGCAGUUUCCAUCGCUGUGACACAGGGAUUGUCACCGCUCUGGUUGUCGCGGGGCAGUACAGGCCAAGACAGGGGAGGAGCGGCGGGAGAGAAAGGGGUUGGAGACAGAAGCGUUGGAGGAGGAGGAGGAGGAGAGAGGAAGAUGCGAUCUAAAGCCUUCCAGAAGUGUCCCAUAUGCUCCAAGGUCAUUCAAGGAGCAGGCAAGCUACCGCGCCACAUCCGAACACACACGGGAGAGAAACCCUACGAAUGCGCCAUCUGCAAAGUGCGCUUUACCAGGCAGGACAAGCUCAAGGUUCACAUGCGGAAGCACACAGGAGAGAAGCCUUAUCUGUGUACGCAGUGCGGAGCUGCUUUCGCUCACAACUACGAUCUGAAGAACCACAUGCGCGUUCACACGGGCCUGCGGCCCUACCAGUGCUCCAGCUGCUUUAAGACUUUCGUGCGCUCGGACCACCUACACCGCCACCUCAAGAAGGAUGGCUGUAACGGCAUCCCGUCCCGUCGAGGGCGGAAACCGCGGGUGCGAGAGCCCGGGCUUCUCGAGGCCCCCCUGGGUCUGCUGAGCCCCAGCCCUGACACCAGUCCUGGGCUUUGUACCAUCAGGGGACAACGGAACUCGGAGGCAGCCUCAGCAACGGAGGUGGAAGAGGUCGCCGGGGGCCCCGCACACAGUCCCCAGCUGCAGGAGCUGGCGGGGGAGGCUGGGCCGUGAGACGGCAGGGACAUCAAGGACAUUGGUGGACACCACAGUCACUCUGCGCAGCCUGUGAGACAGGCUGGUGAACAGAGAGGAGAAGACAAAGCAAAGGCAGACCUAAAAAAAAAACAAACAAACAAAACACAACACAAAACUAACUAUUCCUCUAUAAACCAAAUCAGGGUGUCACACAAAUCUAAUCUUUAUAUUUCUUUCUCCGUUUACUUUAGAAAAUAGAGUAGACUUGCAAGCACUUAAGUCAGUUUAUCUGUUAAAGAGAAAAGAACGCUUUGAAUCAUGUACUCGUGAUGUCCGCUUUCUGGGGCCGUUUCUUUCUUUUCUACAUUUGCAUUUGUGGUUCGUCAAAUGUAAACUAGACACAAACACCGUGCAACUAUGCAGUUUAUUUAGAUUUUCAUGGGUUUGAUCCUCACAGCCCCUUAAGCUCGAAGCAAGGUGCCGGUCCGGCAAUGAUGGGCUUCUGCACAGGUGACAUGAGGACAAACCCUGAAAACAACUUCUUUUGCAGGUCUGAAAUGUACAGUUACUAUAGAAACAACAUUGCCACAAUACAGCAUAUGCAAAGAAAAACUUGGUUUUGAUGCAACAGUUUUUCUCUGGAAAACGCACCAGAAAGAAGCCGGAAAGGGUUUGAUUGAAGUGUUGUUUGCUCUCAUUCUUUAAAAAAAAAAACAACAAAACAAUGUAUUUUAAGGAUCUAUUAUUUGUCUUUUUGUAAAGAAAAAUCACGUUGAGUCGAAUCCACGUAAAGGGGGCUCAUCACGUGCAGGACUCGGGAAUAUGAGAGGUGGAGGUUUUUUUUUUAAGCACUACCUUAUGUGUUGGCUUGAAGACUUCGGUUCUUAUCCCUUACAUCCUUAUGAUUUCUGCAUUUUUGAUUUCCCUUUUGAGUUGUCUUAAUAUUUUUGUCAUUGUUUCUUUUUGAAUUGACUGCUUCGGGUACUUGACACUUUAUACUUGUAUACAUGUACAUACAGAAGGUGGUGAGAGCCGUUGGUUCCCUCUUAAUGCUGAGAUGUGGAUACCAACAGGGUUUUUUCCUCUUAGGCUUGAUGUCAUAUUUCUGAAUGAAUGAUACAAGCUGUGUAUGAAUGUUUGAUGA